AUGACUUGAAUGACUUAGUUGGCAUUUCUUCUCCAAUCUUUCAUGUUCCUCAUCGUUUUCCCUUCAUUGAUCUUCGCCAUUGUAGCUUCUCUUCCAGAACUGUAGCUGUUUUUCCUCCAUUUUGAAAGAAAUUGCAUGAUUUUGGACUUCAAAGUUCAAGCUGUGAAGGAGAAAUAAUCCAUAGAUUUAACCAAGAAAAAGAGAAGAGUGUCGUUUAGCUGAGAGAUUUCAUUGAUUGAUGAUUUGAACCGACUUUUGAAGACAUCAGGGGGAUCAUGCGCGUCAAACUUUCUGUGCACUAAUCCUCACGCCACAAACUUCUUCUUUUUCUCUCUCUCAUCAUGGAUCACUGAUUCUGCAAAUCCUUCUUCUCCAGGCCACCGUCUUCCAUUUUCAGGCUCAUCCAUUGGACCUAAUCCGGUUCCAUUGCUUGUUUGAACUUAUUUUUCAGUGUUUAUAAAGCUUCUUGGACAGAGCUCAGAGAGAAUGGAUGAGAGAUGCGAGAACGGCCGCGAAAUUGAUGGGUCUGAGAGCUUGGCGGAAUCGCCGUUUACAGAGGAUAGAGAUUCUGUAUCGCUCACGCUAGGGGAGCCGCUCUUGCGUGCCAGUACUGCGAGGAUCAGUACUACCUCGCAACUCGCCAUUGUUGGUUCUAAUAUCUGUCCUAUUGAGAGCUUGGACUACGAGAUUAUUGAGAAUGAUCUUUUCAAGCAGGACUGGAGGUCAAGAAGAAAGGUCGAGAUAUUUCAGUAUGUCAUCCUCAAAUGGACGCUGUGCCUUUUCAUUGGUCUAAUUACCGGGGUCGUUGGCUUCUUCAACAACAUAGCUGUUGAGAAUAUUGCUGGUCACAAACUUCUGCUGACGAAUAAUCUGAUGCUCAAGGAAAAGUACUAUCAGGCCUUCGCAGUAUACGUUGGUUCCAAUAUUGUCUUAGCUGCUGCUGCUGCAACCCUCUGUGCCUAUAUUGCUCCUGCUGCUGCAGGUUCUGGUAUUCCUGAGGUGAAAGCAUACCUUAACGGUAUCGAUGCUUAUUCUAUAUUGGCUCCAAGUACCUUAUUUGUGAAGAUUUUUGGUUCUAUAUUUGCUGUUGCCGGUGGAUUUGUUGUGGGUAAGGAAGGACCCAUGGUUCAUACUGGUGCAUGCAUUGCCUCAUUACUGGGACAGGGAGGCUCUCGCAAAUACCGCCUGACUUGGAAGUGGCUCAGAUACUUCAAAAAUGAUAGGGACAGGCGGGAUUUGAUCACUUGUGGUGCAGGAGCUGGUGUAGCAGCUGCCUUUCGGGCUCCAGUUGGUGGCGUUCUCUUUGCACUUGAAGAAGCAGCUUCAUGGUGGAGGAGUGCUCUUCUCUGGAGGACCUUUUUCACUACUGCUGUAGUAGCUGUUGUCUUGAGGGGUUUCAUGGAAUUUUGUAGAGGGGGAAAAUGUGGGUUAUUUGGUGAAGGAGGUCUCAUCAUGUUCGAAAUCCACACCGAAAACUCCGCUUAUGGCACCCCAGAUCUUAUUGCAAUUAUUUUACUUGGAGUCAUUGGAGGUGUGCUUGGAAGCCUUUACAACUACCUCGUCGAUAAGGUUCUUCGAACCUACAGCAUCAUAAAUGAGAGAGGUCCCGGAUCAAAGCUCAUCCUUGUUGUUGGCGUUUCCAUAUUGACAACCUGCGUCUCCUUUGGUCUUCCUUGGUUCUCACAAUGUUUACCUUGCCCAUCUGACUUGGACGAUCAAUGCCCUACCGUUGGUCGCUCGGGAAACUACAAGAACUUCCAAUGCCCACCUGGCCAUUAUAAUGAUCUUGCUUCUUUAUUUUUCAAUACCAAUGAUGAUGCCAUCCGGAGCCUGCUCACAUCUGCUAGUGACAAACAUUUUCAGUUGUCCUCACUUUUUAUAUUCUUUGGUGCUAUCUAUUGUCUUGGCAUUAUUACUUAUGGCAUUGCCGUGCCUUCAGGGCUCUUUAUUCCUGUGAUUCUGGCAGGGGCCUCUUAUGGUCGCAUUAUAGGGAGAUUAUUUGGUUCAGUUGCUACUCUUGAUGUCAGCCUCUAUGCCCUUCUCGGUGCUGCAUCCUUCCUUGGUGGCACUAUGAGAAUGACUGUUUCUCUUUGUGUCAUACUCCUGGAGCUUACCAAUAACCUUUUGAUGCUCCCAUUACUAAUGUUGGUUCUUCUGAUUUCAAAGUCAGUGGCAGAUAUUUUUAAUAAAGGUGUCUAUGAUCAGAUUGUGAAGAUGAAGGGACUACCUUUUAUGGAAGCCCAUGCGGAACCAUUUAUGAGGCAAUUGGUUGCUGGUGGUGUGGCUUCUGGUCCUUUAAUUACGUUUUCUGGGAUCGAAAAGGUCGAUAACAUUAUCCAUGCUUUGAAAACGACGAACCACAAUGGGUUUCCUGUAAUUGAUGAACUGCCUUCCUCAAAUAGUUCAGAGCUUUGUGGGCUUGUUCUGAGGUCUCAUUUGCUUGUUUUGCUUAAAGAAAAAAAGUUUACUAAGCAAAAGGUGUCAAUUAGAUCAGAAAUUUUGAGGCACUUCAAAGCACAUGAUUUUGCAAAAGCAGGUUCUGGCAAAGGGGUGAAACUUGAAGAUUUGAACUUCAAUGAGGAGGAGAUGGAAAUGUUUGCUGAUCUUCAUCCCAUUACAAACACAUCACCCUACACGGUGGUUGAAUCGAUGUCCCUAGCUAAAGCGGCUAUUCUCUUUCACGCACUCGGCUUGAGGCACCUAUUGGUCGUUCCGAAGACACCUGGGAGGCCUCCCAUUGCUGGAAUUCUUACACGGCACGACUUCAUGCCGGAGCAUAUUUUGGGACUGUACCCACAUCUCAACCCCCACAAGUAGAACGGCCAAGGUUCCUUCCUUAUUUCUUUUCCUUCUGUUGAGUUCUUAUUUUAUGGGGAUAAAUUUGCUCUUUUUUUUCCAGUGUUCAUGCCAUUCUGUUGGCAAUUUUGAAGUGUUAUAGGAUAAAAAUCUAUGAUAUGAGUUACACAAAACACACCUGCAUAAACAGGAACUAUUUACUGGGUUUCUUCCCCACAUUUAUUUGUAUAUUUACGUCUCAGUAUCAGCUCAUUCCAUCAUUAUUUAAUCUUCCCCUGUUUUGGUU